AUGCUGGUUGAUGCGCUGAUCAGGCUACAGCUUCCCAUUGAGCAGCUACGAGCUCAGACAUACGAUGGAGCUAGUAAUAUGUCUGGGAAAUACAGCGGCUGUCAAGUGGAAGUCAAGAAGGUGCAACCUUUGGCCAAAUAUGUCCACUGCGGUGCACAUAUCACACACCUUGUGACAUCGAAAGCUGUUCAGAUUGCCCCGUUCAUCAAGGAUGCUCUUGAUCACGUGCAUGAGCUUGGCAAACUCUAUGAUGGAUCUGGCAAGUACAAACACCUCUAUCUGCAUCUUCAUGACGACGACACUGAAAAAGGAAAGUGCAUCCUAGGGUUGCUCGCAUCUCUGCCGAUCAUAAACUGUUUGGAAGCCUUGAACAAGUCCCUACACGGUUCUGGCAUCAACGUUUCCGGGAUGUUGGAGUCCGUCAAAGUCGUGAGCGGUGAGCUCAAGAAACUGCGAUCCAUUGUGAAGUUUUCGGAUAUAUACCAAGCAGCCAAGGCAAAGAUCGCAGAACUCGACCUCACUCCACUGGCUAUCCCACGUCAAAGAAAGCGUCCUAAAAGACUCCAGCAAGGAAACGCAGAGGCCUUCACCACAGAUACAGCCGAGCAAAUGUACCGCAUUCAGUUCUUCACUGCAAUUGACACAGCAAUAACCAACCUGCAAGAUUAUUUUGUCUCAUCGGACCUUGCCAAGUACCAAGAACUGAGUGCUUUACUGCUGAAUGGCACAACAUCAAACGAAGAUGCUAUCAUACAAGAAUACCCAGAACUGACAGAAAGUCUCAAAAUCGAACUAUCCUUCUAUAGAAACCACCAUCCCGCAUCGACACUGGAAGGACACAGGUUAAUAUUCAAGGCUAUAGAGCCCUCUGUUAGGCGUAUGUUUCCGCAAGUGGAGAGGCUGUUGCGUUUGCUUCUGGUCUCCCCUGCCAGCUCGUGUGAAGCAGAAAGGUCGUUCAGUGCCCUACGACGAAUUAAAACGUGGCUGCGCUCCACAAUGACACAGAAGCGUUUAAAUCAUGUUAUGGUGUGUCAUGUACACAGGGACAGGCUGGGAGCUGUAGACUAUCAACAGAUCGCUGAAGAGUUCAUCGAUAGAUGCUCCGACUCUCGUCGCAAGGUGUUUGGGAAAUUUUGA